UUGUUUUCAUUCGGCAAAGACUAAAUAGUAAGGCACGAGGGUAAAAAUAAACCCCACCAAACGCCACUAGAUUCCAACCAAGAAUUUCGACGAUUAUCGAUUAUUUCAGCAACUCUGAUCAAUUCCAUUUUCCCAAACUCCGGCGUGCAACGGCUCGUGACAAAUCAGUCCGACCGCAUACCAUUAUUCAUUCUUACAAUCCUACCUUACACUUGGAUUGUCCACUUGCGCAUCAAACCCUUUUUUCUCUUCUCUUUUUUUGCCAUCCGGCGAUUUAGAUACACAUUUAGAUUUUGUCGUCACAAAAAUCCGAAAUUCUUCACACUAGUGGGCUCUGAUUAUCCAGAUAAAGCCUCACUCAACCCCUCCCCCUCAUCCUUCCACCUGCCCUACGCCGUUUAGACCACCUAGAUCUACGACUAACGAACUUUGUCAACCCGGUUCUUCCGCCAUUGACAUAUUCCGAGCUUUGGGAGAAACACAAAUCUCUUCCCUACCUUAAUUUUACAUCCAUUAAAACUGACCCACAAGAUCUCUAUCUGCGGACUAAAAGUUCAAUCAUGGCUACUGUCGCGGGUAGUAGACCUUCGGGCGCCGCCCUGCAUUCCCAGCAGGAUCCUGCGCCGUCUUCUCAUCAGUUCACCUGUAACACAUGUCAAGUGGCUUUUCGCUUCGCCGACACUCAAAAAGGUCAUAUGAAAAGUGACUGGCAUCGAUAUAAUCUCAAACGUCGUGUUGCGUCGCUUCCUCCGAUUUCGUCUGAAAUAUUCACCGAAAAGGUUCUUCAAGCCCGGGCUGCUACCAGCGCUGAGGCAGAUCGUGCUGGAUUUCAACAGGUUUGCGAUGUCUGCCAACGAACAUACUACAGCGAGAACUCGUUCCGAAAUCACAUUUCGAGUCAGAAACACAAGGUGAAAGAGGCGGCAUCACAACGUCAAGGAUCAACCCAAGAUGAUGCCAGCUCUGUUAUGAGCUCUGCCUUCUCUCUUGAACCUGUCCCUGCGAAAACGGAAGUCGACUCUGAUGCCGAAGAUGAGUUUAAUGAGGUAGUUGAAGGUCUCCAGAAGACCAACUUAUCAGACCGUCAAUCUCCGGUAAAGCGACCGUCAAACCCCCAUCCUUCCGCUGAAGCUCAGCACAAAAGGGAACACACUGUUUCGGAGGAUGCUACAGAAACAUCUGCUGAAGCUACUUCAAGCACAUCAACGCCGGUUCCGAAUUUGUCGCUCAAAUCGUGCUUGUUCUGCAACUAUGAUUCGCCGACUAUCCCCCUGAAUGUCGUCCACAUGGAACGUAUUCAUAGCAUGUUCAUUCCCGAAAAGCAAUACUUAGUCGACCUUGAAGGACUUAUCGGAGCAUUACAACAACGGAUCCAAGAAUUCCAUGAAUGUCUAUACUGCGGAAAGCUCAAGAAUACCGCUCUCGCCGUGCAAACACACAUGCGCGACAAGGGUCACUGCAAGAUUCCCUACACUUCCGAGGAUGAGCAGGUCGAUAUCGGUGACUACUACGACUUCCGAAGCACGUACUCAGAUGGCGAAGACUCGGAUGAUGAGUCGGUUGAGGAUGGUAAGCCCAACGGAGGAGCUAAGCUCGGGGCUAGACGAUCAGCUAGAGCAAUUGGCGAGGAUGGAGAUGAGAUUAUGGAGGAGGAUGGCUGGGAGACGGAUAGCUCCACUUCAUCGUGCAAAUCCGAAGACCUUGGUGCUAUUCCAGUUGACAACCACUACCGUCAAGUUGAGCGACUCGACAAGCACCCCCACCACUCAUCUCAUGAUCCCCGGCACCACCAUCAAAUGGAUGGAUGGCAUUCGCAUGCCCAUAAGCAUCGCGCUAUUUUCUACGAUGACACCGAGCUACAUCUUCCAUCAGGCCGUUCAGUCGGUCACCGGUCUUUGGCUAAGUAUUAUCGCCAGAACCUCAACGGUUAUCCGACAGCAGAGGAACGUGCCGAAAGACAAGCGAUCGAGGGAGCAUCACCCUCGGGGGAUGAGAUGGAAGUUGAUGAUGCUGAGGACGGUAAGCGGCAAGUUGUACGACGCCAAGAGCGUGGACGCAACGGCGCCGUUAUAAGCCGAGCAAAUGGUGGAACUGGUAUGUUGGGAGUUUCGGACCAGAAGAAGAGAGAAGUGGAUCGUGCCGAGCAGAGAAGUCGGAAGCAGGAGCACAAGGCGGCAAGGCAGAAGGAGUGGGCCCUAAACAAACAGGCGAACCACCAGAAGUACUACAACUACCAGAUCUUGUAAAGAAGCUAUUCACGAUAUUCGCGAGAAACCUGGUCAUUAGGCGCGAACCAAAUACUAAAGUAUUGGUACCGGCUUAUUACACUGCCUCUCGGUCGAGAGUCGAGUUCGCAAUAUCGGCUUGAUCGGUAAUAAGAAGCAUGCUAUUGCUAAUAGAGAAAGAAGAAAUGAAAAAAGUUUUGCGAUUUAAUUGGAUGUGUCGAAUCAUAGGUGAUAAACCCUGGAACUCUCCGAAGUACAGUACCUAUUGCUUUUACGCUAGCACGGACAGAGUGUCGGGUAGAAGCCCUUUAGACAAUGCGACGUCGGUAUCGGCCGAGAUAACGUUAGAUAUAUCUAGUUUCUAUGAUGAUUCGACUAAUCCCGCCUGUCUACCCCAAGGUGCUUACCCCAGGUAUGUAUCUUCCUAACCAAAUUUAGGAAAGAUAAUACUUUGGUCCAACGGAAUUACGUAAGGGGCAUAAUCUUGAUUAUUAGAAUUAUGAUUACAUCUACCGUAUUAGCUCUAG